CAAUAAACAGCUUUUAUUCUUUUAUCAGAGACACGCUCUAGCUUUUUAGACCAGGAUGGCGUGCAGUGGCAUCCUCACAGCUCGCUGCAGCUUCAUUGGGCUCAGGCGAUCCUCUCGAGUAGCUGGGAUACAGGCGCAGGCCACCGUGACAGGCUUCUUUUUUUUUUUUUUUUUUUUUUUGAAGAGAGGGUCUUCCUAUGUUACCCAGGCUAGUCUCGCAGUCUCGCACUCCUGGCCUCGAGCGAUCCUCCUGCCUCGGCCUCUUGGCCUCCCAAAGUGCUGGCCUGUGCCCAGCCAAUGGCUUGGCUGUUCCAAAUUAGGGUCUACCCAUCUCUGGGCAGGGCUAAAGUCCGCGGGCGGCCCCGCACCGCUGCCACGUACAGUCCUGUGCACCCAGACUCGACGCAAACAAGAGCCGCAAGCUUCCGGGUCCCCGCCCCACGCAGGGUCCCCGCCCCACCCCGGCUCCGCCCCUCUCCCAACCCUGCCAGGCUCUCCAAUCGCAUGUGAAUUAUCGCUCUACCCAGGUGGUGGUGUCGAUCUCCGCUCCAAUUGGGGCCGUACCAUGGCGGAGAAGACUCAAAAGAGUGUGAAGAUUGCUCCUGGAGCAGUUGUAUGUGUAGAAAGUGAAAUCAGAGGAGAUGUAACUAUCGGACCUCGGACAGUGAUCCACCCUAAAGCACGAAUUAUUGCGGAAGCCGGGCCAAUAGUGAUUGGCGAAGGGAACCUAAUAGAAGAACAGGCCCUUAUCAUAAAUGCUUACCCAGAUAAUAUCACUCCUGACACUGAAGAUCCAGAACCAAAACCUAUGAUCAUUGGCACCAAUAAUGUGUUUGAAGUUGGCUGUUAUUCCCAAGCCAUGAAGAUGGGAGAUAAUAAUGUCAUUGAAUCAAAAGGAAUACUUUUCCCCAGCCAAUCAGAAACAAAUAUCAUGUGCUUGUAAGUGGGACCAGACGGGAGAUUACCUAAAGUCACUGUCACUACUGGGAAGCAACUUCAAGAGCUUGUCCCACCAAGGUCCAGAAAGAACCUGAAUGAUGACAGUUCUUUAGAAUAAUGGGUUAUCUUUCUUGGUCCUGAGUGGCAUGAAAGAAAAUGCUUCUUUUUUAAAUAAUAAAAUUAUACUUUUUGUUAAUCUACUUAAUGACUUUUAUUUUAAUUUGGAUUAGCAAUUAUCACUAUUAUCAUCAGAAUUUUCUGUUUAUUUUAUGCUUACUGUGUGUCAAACCUGUGCUCAUCACUUUACAUCUGUUAUCACAUUUAUUCCUUAAACUGUGAAGUAGAGUGGCCUCUUUGUUUUAUACAUGAACUUGAGCUUAGAGACUUUGCAACAACUUUCCCAAGGUCACACAAAUAGCAGCAGAGCUCCAUUUUGAAUCCAUCUGACCUUGGCUUGUACUGCCUGCCUCUGUGUUGUCCAUACAAACUCCAAACUGAUGUAUUUUCUUUAACUUUUUUCUUGAGGCCAGUUUACAUUUUUAUACCUAAAUCAUCUUAAGAAAAAAAGUGUUGGAAUCAUUUGAUGUCUUAAGUUGCAGUUCUAUGUUUUUAUUGCAGCAUAUGUAGGCAGAAAUGUAAUAUUGACAAGUGGCUGCAUCAUUGGGGCUUGUUGCAACCUAAAUACAUUUGAAGUCAUCCCUGAGAAUACGGUGAUCUAUGGUGCAGACUGCCUUCGUCGGGUGCAGACUGAGCGACCGCAG